AUGGUUUCUUCCCAGUUACCUGCUUUGGGAAAAACUCGCAUGUGCAAAUCCUUUCAAGGCUGGUUACUUUUCCCUUUAAGCCCUCCAGAUGUUGUCCCAUCAGAUCAAGUUGAGUUGGACUUCUCUGACGUAUUUGGUCCUCUUCCAGCUCAGGCACCAAAUGAAGUUAUACAUGGAUUACCAGAAGGUUUAAUUGCUGUGGCUAAUGCAAGUGAGCUUGUAUAUGAUGAUCCCGCGGUCAUAUAUAACCGAUCACAUUCUUUGGUUGGUCCCUCGGCUUGUGUUAGUCAGUCGCUGAAACUGAGUAAGCUCACCAUACAUGAGUCGGAAGAUUCAAUGGAACUAGUAGAGUGUCUCAGUGACGAGUCAAUUACGCUUUCUGCAAAUAGUUCUGUUGUUCAGGAACCUCUCGUAGGUGUUGAUGAUAUAUCCAAGAAGGUCCAGACAGUAGGUCUUGAGGAUUUUGAGGUCAUGAAGGUUGUUGGGCAGGGAGCAUUUGGAAAAGUAUUUCAGGUGAGGAAGAGGGGCACAUUAGAAAUAUUUGCAAUGAAGGUCAUGCGGAAAGACAAGGUUAUGGAGAAAAAUCAUACCGCAUACAUGAAGGCGGAGAGGGAUAUUUUGACACAGAUAGAACAUCCCUUUAUUGUUCAACUCAGAUACUCAUUCCAAACCAAAUAUAGACUUUACCUGGUCCUGGACUUUGUGAAUGGGGGACACCUCUUUUUUCAGCUUUACCACCAUGGCCUCUUCAGGUGUUGUCUUUUUCUGGGUUUUGCUUUUGUAAAUUCCCUGGAUAUGUGGUUGAUUAGUAUUAGGCAAAUGUUCCUGGAAAUGAUAUUAGCUAAAUGUUUCAGAGAGGAUCUAGCACGAAUAUAUACUGCAGAGAUUGUUUCUGCAGUGUCUCACCUUCAUGCAAACGGCAUAAUGCAUAGGGAUCUUAAACCUGAAAAUAUCCUACUGGAUGCAGAUGGCCACACCAAAUAUAGACUUUACCUGGUCCUGGACUUUGUGAAUGGGGGACACCUCUUUUUUCAGCUUUACCACCAUGGCCUCUUCAGGUGUUGUCUUUUUCUGGGUUUUGCUUUUGUAAAUUCCCUGGAUAUGUGGUUGAUUAGUAUUAGGCAAAUGUUCCUGGAAAUGAUAUUAGCUAAAUGUUUCAGAGAGGAUCUAGCACGAAUAUAUACUGCAGAGAUUGUUUCUGCAGUGUCUCACCUUCAUGCAAACGGCAUAAUGCAUAGGGAUCUUAAACCUGAAAAUAUCCUACUGGAUGCAGAUGGCCACCCUCCUUUCAUUGGUGGUAAUCGGGGAAGAGUUCAGCAAAAGAUAACAAAGGAUAAACUUAAGCUGCCUGCAUUUUUGUCAAGUGAAGCGCAUUCUGUAUUGAAAGGACUGCUGCAAAAGGAUCCAAACAAGCGACUGGGCAGUGGGCCAACAGACAGUGAUGAAAUAAAGCACCAUAAAUGGUUCAAGUCAAUGAACUGGAAGAAAUUGGAGGGCCGGGAAAUUCAUCCCAUUUUUCGUCCUGAAGUUGCUGGAAAACAUUGCAUUGCCAAUUUUGAUAAGCGCUGGACUGACAUGCCACUGUUAGAUUCUCCAGUGUCCAGUCCAAAACAAAAUGGGAACCUCUUCCAGGGUUUUACUUAUGUUAGACCUACGGCCUCCUUUCUUCAGAGAAAUGACCCCUUGAACUAG